AGACUUUCCAUUUGCAGCCUGUCAAGUCCCCACUACUGAGUCGUCCCUCGGAUGCUGCGACUCUUGGGGUCUGCGUUGCUUGGGCUAAAAGGCAGCUGAGCUAAGUGAGGGUUUUUUCCGGACAAACACGCCAGCGGACCCAUUACAUCCCUAAGUGCAGUUCUCCUUGAUGGUUGGGGAUUCUCCCAGGACUCCCGCCAGCGCCAAUCAGGUCUCUCGGUACCUGCCCCCAUCCCGGGCCACCUGGAGGAGCCAGGAGGUUCUGGGCUGGGUACCCGGGCAGCGCUCUCAGAGCCGGGGCGGGCAGAGCAGCCUCACGUGGGCCGGCCAGGCCGCUGGCGCUGGGAGGAAGGCGCGCAGAGCCCGGGGCAGUGCCGCGCGGGAGCCACGGCGGAGCGGAGCAGCCUUGGCCGCGGGACCUACGAGGCAAUCGCCCACGCCGAGGGAGCUGUGCGGUGCGGCCACACAGUAGGCGGAUCGCCGGGCUCGGAGUGUGGAUGUGCCCGGCGCCGGAGCGCUGUCGGGGGCGACUGAGCACCCAGGGACUGACGAUGCCCUUGGCCAUGAUCCACCCCCAGCUGCUCUCUGCUCAUGCUCAGCCUGCAUGAUUGAGCCACGGAUGCUCCAGCUGUUUCCUGUCAUCCAUCGUUCCCUUCACUGAGUAGAAUGUGGGUCGGCUCCUCCUCACUGACCGGCACGCGUCUUUGCAGAGUUUGAUGGGGCGCCGGGCGGAUGACAGCGGGAACAGUUGUGAUCACCGGCGGAAUCCUAGCUACAGUGAUCCUCCUCUGUAUCAUUGCUGUCCUGUGCUACUGUAGGCUCCAGUAUUACUGCUGCAAGAAGAGCACAGAUGACGAGGAUGCUGAGGAGGAGGAGGAAGAGGAGGAACAUGACCUUUCCAUCCAUCCCCGAGCCUCCACCUGCAAUGCCUGCAGCUCCCAAGUCCUGGAUGGCAGAGGCAGCCUGGCACCUCUCACCAGCGAGCCUUGCAGCCAGCCCUGUGGGGUGGCCAGCCACUGCACCACCUGCUCCCCAUACCGCACCCCCUUUUACAUACGGACAGCUGACAUGGUGCCCAAUGGGGGCGGAGGCGAGAGGCUCUCCUUUGCCCCUACACAUUACAAAGAGGGGGGAACCCCAUCCCUCAAAUUGGCAGCACCUCAGAGUUACCCGGUGACCUGGCCAAGUUCUGGGCAUGAGGCCUUCACUAAUCCAAGGGCUAUUAGUACAGAUGUAUAAUCCUUUCACCCCAGUCUGCACACACCCAACACUGUCCCAGCAGGAGCAAUGGAGUGGUGAAGGGGACCUUCCAAUAGCUCCACAGGAACUAUCUCAGUUUCUCUGGCUUCCACAGCAGAGGGUUCACGAGGAUGUGAGCUAGUAAAUGCAUUGAGGACCAGGGCGGGACCUGUGGCCCCGAAGUGGCGACUUGAUAAGUCUGCAGUGUCACCAGUUUCUCUCUGGAGAUUUCCCUCUAACAGCCAAGCUCUACCACAACCCCUUCCAGCAAGCCUAAACCCCUGGCUGUGCUGGGCUGUGCAAAGGAGCACCAGGGAAGGCUAGGCAAAGGCUCUGGAGGCUUCCAGAGACCUUGAUGAAGAGGGCAUGCCUAGAAGAAACGGACGAAAAGGGAAAGGUGAGGACUAGACAUCCCAGGAUUUGAGAGGAGGGAGAGGAAAAACUGUUAAAGGAGCCCCCUC